UGACGUCAGCUGACUGUCUUGGCUGUACUAGCCGCUCCGGACAUAGUGCUGUAAAAAUGCUGCUCUCUGUGCCGCCAAGGACAGGAAUCAACCCAUAUAACGGCUAUACCAGCAGAACCAGUAAAAAGCAGGCGUAUGUGUCCUCCACCCAUCAGAUGGCGCCACCCAGUCCCAGCACCACCACUAACGCCACCACCACCACCAGCAGCAGUAGCAGCAGUAAUGGGAGCAGUAUCUCAGCUGACCAGCUGAGUAAAACCAACCUCUACAUCCGUGGCCUUCACCCUGGGACCACAGACCAGGAUCUCGUCAAACUCUGUCAGCCGUAUGGCAAGAUUGUAUCAACAAAGGCCAUCUUGGACAAGACCACCAACAAGUGUAAAGGUUAUGGCUUUGUGGAUUUUGACAGUCCAGCAGCGGCACAGAAAGCAGUGACUGCACUGAAAGCUAGUGGGGUCCAGGCUCAGAUGGCAAAGCAACAGGAGCAGGACCCCACCAACCUGUACAUCUCCAACCUGCCCAUGUCCAUGGACGAGCAGGAGCUGGAGAGCAUGCUCAAGCCCUUCAGCCAGGUCAUCUCCACCCGCAUCCUCCGCGACGCCAACGGCACCAGCCGCGGCGUAGGCUUUGCCAGGAUGGAGUCAACAGAGAAAUGUGAGACCAUCAUUCAACAUUUUAAUGGCAAAUAUAUAAAGACUCCUCCUGGCGUGCCAGUGCCCACAGAGCCCCUGCUGUGCAAGUUUGCAGACGGGGGGCAGAAGAAGCGGCAGAGCCAGGGCAGGUACCAGCAGAACGGGCGGCCCUGGACGCGGGAAGGGGAGACGGGAGGAAUGACGUUGACCUAUGACCCCACCCCAGCCUUACAGAAUGGGUUCUACUCAUCUCCCUACAGCAUGGCCCCCAACCGAAUGAUUGCACAGAUUUCCAAUUCACCGUAUAUGCAUUCUCCCGUCUCCACCUAUCAGGUACACAGUCCAUCCUGGAUGCAUCCCCAGUCAUACCUCAUGCAGCCCACAGGAACCGUCCUGACGCCCACCAUGGAGCACCCCAUGUCCAUCCAGCCCACCUCCAUGAUGGGCCCCCUCGCGCAGCAGCUCAGCCACCUAUCUCUGGGCAGCGCCGGCACGUAUAUGCCUGCCAACACGGCUAUGCAAGGGACCUACAUCCCCCAGUACACUCAAGUGCCUCCCUCCAGCGUCGCAGUAGAGGAAAACAACGUUCCACAACAGCAGGUCGCCAUAGAGACCCCGACGGAACACACCACCUACUCCUACCAGCACAGCAAAUGAGGAGGAGUGUGAAUCCUGUGGAGGUCCACUGUGUGCUAGAGAGUGUUGCUCUCUGGGACAAGGACACGGUCUACCUGAAGCUAAGUGCUGAAAGACUCUCAAAACACUACAUGGACAAACACGGACAUGUUGAAGACAAGGAAUGGAACAGAUUUUUUUUUUCUAAAAAAAGAAGACAAAAGACAAAAAAAAAACACAACCAAAAAGGAGAGACAUUUUUAUUCUACCACACAUAUUUUGGUUCCUUCUGGGCAGCAGGCUAGCCCUGUGUGGAGAACUGCUUGCACAGAGUGCUCAAACUGCUGCAUUUAAAGAAGAGACUCUAAAGCUAAAGCAAUGAAAUGAACGAAACUGGCUAAGAAAACAUCAAAAGCAAGCAACACACACACACACAUUCACUCACUGUAGUGUAAGACAUACAUGCAUAGACAGAGACUGAUGCACACCAAAAGCCCCCCCCCCCCCCCCACACACACACACACAAACAAACAAACAAACAAACAAAGGCUACAAACACAGAGAGAUAAACGUUAUUUUUCUGCACGUAAAACAACCAUUUUUUUUUAUUAUUCUGGGAGUCCAGAGUUAAAUGAGAAAAUUGAGGCUACACCAUGUGUCGUUUUAGAACUUUAGUAUGAUUUAUUUGUUCUUUUAUUUUUGAAGUGUUAUUUUGAAUUCUUAAGCUGUCCGCUACAGUGAAAAUGUUUUUUUGUACAGGUCAAGAGGUCAUCCAGCAAUCAACAUGUCCUUUUUUGCAAUGAUGUGGCUUUAUUUUUAACAAAUUAAAAGAUUUUAUGUGAAACAA